AUGACUACGUCGGUCCGCUACAAUGAUUUCCACCUAUCACCGCCUCGGGAGUACUUUCUGCCCAGCAACCCCGUGAUACGACCAGGUGACAUCACUAGGAGAAGUAUAUCCCUGGCUGAGGUGGUGAAUAUGAAGGAAACUCAUUUGGCGGCUGAAAGGAAGAGUCAUGAGAAAAUUCUGGAGCAAGACGCCCUCACGCGGUUGCGGUGUGAGAAGACCUUCGACGAUUUGAAGCAAACGAAUAUACGAUGCCAUGAGCAAACAGAGAAGGUGAACCGACGGAUAGAAUCGGUGUUGGCUGUGGAGCCGCGGCUCAGUGGUAAGAAUCUGUGCUAUCAUCCGAGGCUCGAGGAGCGUUGUGAGUAUCUCGGAAAGGAGCUCGAGGUUGCCAAGAAGGAGAAAGUCGAAGCCCGGCGACAAUUCACCGAAUGCCAGGCUCGUAUCGAAGCGGAGGUUGCUAUAAAGCGAGCGAGCGAACGUGAGGUUUCUGGCAAGGAGUCCCUCAGGCGGCGAAUUAUUGAGAAAGAUGUUGCGGCCAGACGGGGGGACUUGGAGAGGCGGAAGAGUCAGGUUCGGCAUGAGAGGGCUAAUGUGCAUCAAAUUGACAGGAAAGUGCAGGGGCUGGCAAAGACGGAUAUAAAUCUCUCGAGUCUGUCUGCGGGGUCGAUGAAGACCUGUUUAGAAAAGGCGAGAAACGAGUUCUCAUUUUUGCAGUCACAAUUGGUGGAGAUGGAGCUAGCCUGGAAGAGACUCCCAGAGGAUCGGGCGAAGCUGUUCUUACAAGCACAGGAGCUGUAG